AUGUCUGCACUAUUAUCAGCUUCACAACGACUGGUAAAUGGAACUUACGAUAAAAGAGAUCAUUUUGCCCAGGGCGAUGUAGGCUACACGUCUCUAACUCACUCCUUACACGAAUCAAUUCUGGAAGAGCCGAAUGAGGACUCACGGACUCCCUGCCCCUCAGAGCACGUUCCGAUCCGCUCUCAGUCUGUAGACAAAACAUCUGAACCGUCAGACGUGAUAGAUGGGAAUUAUUUUCUGCGUGUCACCGAUCAAGUUCAGUCUGAAAUUGCAAUUUUAAUCGAUCAAACGGAAGCGGAUCUCGAGUCCGGUCCAAUGGAUGAGGAAGUUGCUGGUUUAUUGAGGACCGCAGUGGGAAAAGCCAAACUGUUGGUGUCCGAAAAAUUCGUUCAGUUCAGAAAUCUGUGCCAGCAAAACUUGGACUGGCUAGCAGCACAACAAUCUGGGAGCUCUGUCAAAACGGACGGUCCGGAUCUGGUCACAUUGGUCAGUGAUUUGGAUGGGUUCUGGGCUAUGGUCAUGCUCCAGGUGGACGAUGUGCGUGCCCAGUUCGCAAAGGUGAACGAGCUGCGCAUCAAUGGCUGGCAUUUACCCCAGGGAAAUGAUGAUAUUGGGAGUAAGGUUAAAUCGAACGGAGUCGGUCCUUCGGGUGAUGGGAACACUGCUGACGGAACUAAGACGCCGGUUUCCAAGUCUACCACACGUAAACAAAACUCGGGGUCAAAAUCAACUCAUCCCCGAGAUGAUUCGGCGGCUCGGGCUAAAGCUCGCGAACGGUUGGCCAUGGCUAAGCGUGAAAUGCGUGCAAAGCAAAUGGAGGCGAUGGCCAACAACACUCAGGGCGCACAUGUGACCACCGGUGGAGAAGACCUGUUCAUCCUUGUCUGA